AUUCGAGUGACGCACUUUGUAAAUUUGUAACCUCUCUGUGGGUGGGAGCAAAAGUGCUUUAAAAGGAGCUAAGCACACCUAGUACACUGAUUGAUUACACAGUCAACACAUCGUUGUAUGCAAACAAUCAUGUUGGCACGUAUUGUUUUGAUACUCUGCUUGGCAGCUUUGGCAAGAUCUGCUGUCCUCCCUGGUGGCUCUAAAGAGCCAAAAUGCUCUGAGUACCACCUGCCCAUAUGUACCCGGGAAUAUAACCCUGUGUGUGGUACUGAUGGAGUCACAUACUCCAACGAAUGCAUGCUGUGUUUGGGAAAUAUGGAAGAAAAGGUCAACACGUUAAUCUUCAAGAUGGGUGAAUGCUAAGAUGGAUCCACUCAUUUAUGUUCUGUAGAUGCGACAUGAAGGCUGGAACCGCAUGCUGCUUUUUUUUAAUGGUUUUUGUCUUAAGAUAUCUUAAGUGUUUUUCCCCUCUUGUGUGUCAUUUUUAAAACAUUCCAAUUCUUUAAUAAAAACUUGCAGAAAUA